AUGGUGGGUCAGAGGGCCCUGAGCUGACCACUUAGCCUCCUGCAGCGGGUACCCCUCUGCCUGCUGCAUCCAGGGGCCUCAGGCGAGUCAUGCUCAGGCCACUCUGUGCCGCACAGCCUGACAGGAAGCUCCGUGGGCUCCCGCAGAAACCGUCUCUUGUCCACCAACUCCAAAAGGGCUUAUGCUGCCUUGUCAAACCCUGCGCAGCCAGCCCACCCUGCAGACCGGAAACAGAGAUUCUGGGCAAUGACGGGGAGCAGGGGACCCCAGAACUGCCCAGACAGCCUGCAUUGCCUCUGUCUCCAGGGCAGCCCCAGGCGACCCCAGGACUACCAGAGGAGGCCCCCUCCACCCAAGGAGUGCAGGGCAGCUCCGUGGAGCUGGCUGUGGCUCCCGGCGGUCUUCUGGAGCUUCGCCCCCCAAGGCCCACUGAUUCCGCAGCUCGUGGCCGUCACCAGCAGAGCGGAGUCUAAGGUGGAGGCCGGGGCAUUGGCUCUGGGGGCCGUGAGUGAGUCUAUAGAACAGAAGCCUGGUGCUGGGGGAGCUGGGAAGGGGGCCCACGGCCACCUCCGGUGCCAGGCCCGACACGAGGCCGGAGGCCAGCUCCACACCGCCCACCCCGCCCUUGCUCUGGCCGUGCUGGCUGCGGGGCUUGUGCCCGUCUCAAAGCCUCAGGUGCAGCUGAGCGACCUGUCCCCCGUGGCGGGGACCUCCGUGGUGGCCACAUAUGCAGUGUGGGAGGUCACAGAGCCUGUGACCUUUGCCUGGUAGCAUCAGGCACGAGGCCCUGGAGAGGCCCUGGUAGGGGUCACGAAGCAUCUGAUCCAGCUGGACCCCGUCAAUCGGACACACCUGGGCUGGUAUAUGUGCCCGGCCCACAACACCGUCAACUGGCUGAGCAGUGAUGGAGCCUUCCUGGAUAUCAUCUGGGUGGCUCAGGAGGAGCAGAAGGAAGCAGGCAAUGUCGCCUGGAGUCACGCAGCCACCCAGCUCCCCAGCAGCAGGGUCCUCACCUGCACCAGCCGGCACCCAGCCCCAGCUCUGCCUGCCCUCUGCGGAUCACGCCCUUCCGGGCUUAGAGCCCUGCAACACCCUCCUUACCGUCUCCCAGCCUCCAGGGAGGCGCUCAUCGACCUGACCUUCUACCUCUACCACUCUAUUAUUGCAUGGCAGCCCCUCUGGAGCCCCACCUGCUGGACCAUGGCCACAAUCAGAGACCAGUUCAUCAUGCUGAGCUGUGAGUGGCCUGGAGCUCCCUGCUGUGCCGAGCUGGUCUGAUGGAUGGCAGCCGACCUCGGCACCAGCAGCCGCUCCUCGCUGGCCGUCCACCUCCUCCAGGCCCAGGACGACCUGGCUGGCAGAGAGUUCACGUGCCUGGGCACUCGCCCACUCAGGGUCCCCGACGCGCUCUGCCGGCUCCAGCUAGCCCCACAGCUGGCAGUGGCUGAGCCCUGGGUGUCAGUGCUGGAGGGUGGAGACGCCUGGCUGGGAUGUGCCCUCCUCGGGGGCACGCCAGCUGCCCAGCUCCUCUGGCUGGGAUCCCAGCAACGGCAGGUGGAGCCAGGCACUUCGGGGUUCAUGCUGCACCCUGAGGGUGCCCAGCUGCGCCUGGGUGUCCGGGAUGCGCACCCAGCACGCCACACCUGCCAGUGCAAGGCCCGAAAUGCCUUGGGCGACAGCAGUCGGAGCAUCCUGCUGUAGGUGCUGAGUGACUACCCCCAACGUCACCUCACCGUCAGCCGCCUGACCUACGGGAGACGCCAGAGCGAGGUGCAGCUGCCAUGGGCCGUCUGAGGCCCGGGGGCACGCAGAGCAUCUCUUCCUGGGGCUUGGGAGACCGCAGCUGGUGACAUCGAGCCGGAGAGCAGUGGCCGGCGGCCGGGGGGCUUGGACCCGAGGGUCCUCUAUGCCUUCCACGUCCUGGCUCUGAAUCACCGCACAGCUGGAUACCCCUCUGAGGUGAAGACACCAGGUGCCCGGACCACCCCCUUCAGCGCCUAUCCUGCAGUGCUGGAUGCGGCAGACACAGGAAUGGUAGUGGCAACGGUGACCUCUCUGCUGGUGUUCCAGUAUGCUGCCCGGCACCUGGACACCUUCCCCUGUGAGUGGGAAGCUCAAGGGCAGGGUUGCUUGACCCUGGAGCAAAGUCACCAAUAUCGGGGUUCAAGGGGUGGCCCCGAGGCAAUGACAGGCACUGAACCACUACCCACCACCCCAGGUUCGCAUCCUGCACAAGAAUCCCCGGGGGCUCCAGUAAACAUCACCAUCACAGUGACUGCCAAACCAUAA